UUUUUAUAUUGCAAAAUAAGUUUGUUUACUAAUUCUGUGAUCAUUGAGGCGGAAUUCGUUUUAUAAUAGUGUGAAAUUGUCAUGUAAUACCAAUAAAUAGUGAAAGCAAUGAAACGGAAAUAUUUUUGCGAUUUACCGAUGUUUUAAUAGAAAGUACACAAUAAAAUUAAGUUAAUUGAUUAUUUCAGCAAAUUGAUCACGGUCUUUCAUUUAAAGCGAUUAAAAAGGACAGUGUCGUCCAAUUAUUAACAAAUCUGAGCUCCAAAUACCACGUUUUGAAACAAUAUCUUAAAAUUAUUCGGUUUAAUACAAAUAUUAAUAUGCUUUUUUACACUUACCUUAUUCUAUUAACUUUUUUACUUCCUUACAUUAAAACCAAUUUAAUUUGUUACGCCAAUGGUUUUCCCAACACAAAACCAAACUAUAAAAAUCAAAAUUCACACUUUUCUGCUUUUGUCUAAGCUAAACAAUCAAACCGUGCUGUGAUGGUUAAAAUAGGUUUAAGCAGCUCAAAGCUGCUAGUUUUUACAGUUUUAAUCAACAAUUGCUAUGGCGGUGUUUUGAAAAACGCAGCUGAUUUAUUCAGCGAAGCUGCGCAACCGCGACCCUUCAGUUUGGAUCCAAACAGGGAAGCAAGUCAAAAAGUUGAGAAAUAUUUGAGACAGCCUAUCGCGUUCGAGUUUAAUGUUCCCACCGAAAAUAAGGAUAAUUUUAACAGUGAAACUAUAGUUUAUCCUGAAAAACGUGAAGUUCAUGAAGAUGUUGAAGAGGUGAAUGAAGAAGACAGUCCACGGGAAGAACAACAGGAUUUAAGGCAAGAAAAUGAAGAAGACAGUCCACAGGAGGAAAAACAGGAUUUAAGGCAAGAAAAUGAAGAAAUAGCCCAGGAAAAUGAAGAAAUAGCUCAGGAAAAUGAAGAAAUCGCCCAAGAAAGUGAAGAAAUAAAGGAAGAACCUCAAGAUCAUCAGAACAUAAAAUCGGAAGAAGUGAAGGCCCCAAAACACAAAAAGCCGCACAAGGAGAAGCACAGCAAAGGUGGCGGGAAAAGUCACCAAGCGCAUCACCAUUCGGGUCACGGUGAACAAGGCGACAAAGGCUACAAAGGUCAUCAUCACCACGUAAAAUCGGAAAAGGGUCACCAUGAUAAAGAAGCACACAAAAAGCAUUACGAAGAUAAAGGCGGGAAGAAGAAAGAACAUCACCAUGAAGAUGGGUAUUUUGGUGAUCAUCACCACGGCGAAAAGGGCGAGAAAGAACACAAGCAUAAAAAAGGGCAUAGCACCAAAGGGGAGCACAACAUACACAAAAAGGAAGAGUACGAGAAAAAACAAGUGUUCUUCGAUGAAGAUCACGAUGAAGGCGAAACAGAAACACAUGGUGGAUUCCAUGAAGAACACGAUUAUAAAAAGGGCGGACAUGUGAAGAAACAUCACAAACACGGCGGAGAACAUGAAGAUCACUACGGGAAGAAAGGUCACAAGGAAGGAGGUGGCCAUUAUUCAGACAACAAGGGCCAUAAAAAGGCCGCCGGGCAUGACCAACACUACCAUCAUGGUAGUAAAUAUGGUAAAAAAGGUGAUAAACAUGCCGGGAAGAAAUGGGUCUACAAAAAGGGCACAGGCGGAGGAGGCAAGAAGCAGAAUUUAAAAGUGGAACAACCAGAGGUGAAGAGUGAAAAGUACAAGGUACAAGAAGAACCGGUAUUAUAUGAAGAAAAACACGAAAAUAUUAAAGAAAGUCAUCCGAUUUUGGAUGAACAAAACGAACAAUACCAGGAAGAUGAAGAAAUCGAAGACCAUCAACCCGUUUUGGAAGCCCCAGAAGAAGAGAACAGCAAAAUCAUUGUCAAAGAUGAAAACACAAAACCAAGUGAAGAAUAUGAAGAUUACGAUGAAGAAAGCCCAAAAUUACAAUAUCCAGAGCUGCAAAAAAUCAAAAUUGAAGAAAUCACACCAGCGAUAGCCAUAAAAGAAGAACGUAACCAAGACGAAGAAAUUGAAGAAAAAUUGGAAAAUUUCGAAGAUGGGGCCGAUUUGGUGGAAGACAAUUUGGAUUACGCGGAAAAGGAAGAAAUAAAAGAUGAAGAGUAUCCAGAAAAUGAAGAAAUACAGGAAGAAACGCCGAAAGCAGACGAUGAAGAAGUUAAUGAAGAAAUACAGGAAGAAACGCCGAAAGCAGACGAUGAAGAAGUUAAUGAAGAAAUACAGGAAGAAGCGCCGAAACCUGUUAUAGAAGCAGACUAUGAAGUCAAUGAAGAACUAAAAGAAGAAAAUCCAAAAGCAAUAGAUGAAUACGAAAGGGAGUAUGUGGGAAAUGUUAAAAUUGAUGGAAACGUAAGGGAGGUAGAUGAUGAAAAAGGGGAAAACGAAGAGAUACAAGAAAAUGAAGAUUACGAAGAGGAAGAGUGA